AUGGCGUUUGGACAAAUCGUAAUAGGGCCGCCUGGCUCUGGUAAAUCCACUUAUUGCCACGGAUGCGUGCAAUUUUUCAACGCCAUCGGACGGCACGCGCAGGUUGUAAACAUGGAUCCCGCAAACGACCGAUUGCCCUAUCCAUGCGCUGUGGAUAUCCGCGACUUCAUCACCCUGGAGGAGAUCAUGGCUGAACAACAGUUAGGGCCCAACGGUGGCCUCAUGUAUGCGCUCGAAUCUGUGGAAAAAUCAUUAGAUCUAUUUGUACUGCAGGUCAAAUCGCUGGUAAUAGACGAAAGCGCGUACGUUGUUUUCGAUUGUCCCGGCCAAGUUGAGCUGUUUACACACCACUCGGGUCUGUUCCGGAUUUUCAAGCGACUGGAACGCGAACUUGAUCUCCGUCUGUGUGUGGUCAACUUGGUCGACAGCGUGUACUUGACAUCCCCCUCCCAGUAUGUUUCCAUUGUUCUGUUAUCACUUCGGGCGAUGCUCAUGCUGGACCUGCCGCAUAUCAACGUGCUGUCCAAGAUCGACAUGGUGAAAUCCUAUGGGCCGUUGGCCAUGCGUCUCGAUUACUACACUGAAGCGCAAGACUUGGGGUAUCUGCAGCCGUUUGUCGAACAAGAAAGCUCCAGUGCGCUGGGCAAGAAGUACAGCAGGCUUACGGAAACCAUAGGCGAACUGGUUGCGGACUUCAAUCUAGUGUCCUUCGAAGUUUUGUGCGUCGACGAUAAGAGAAGUAUGAUCGCACUACAGGGCGUCAUCGACAAAGCCAACGGCUACGUUUUUGGUGCAUCUGAAGUCGGAGGUGACACAGUGUGGGCUGAGGCGUCGCGCCAGGGAAUGGCCAUGGUAGGAGAAGAUGUUCAGGACCGCUGGAUUGACAACAAAGAGCUUUACGACCAGCAGGAACAAAAGGAGCGUGAGCGACAACUACAGGAACAAAAAAUGAACGACAAAGAGAUUAACGUCGACGAAGACGCCGAAUGGGCAAACGCAUUGCGAGAGUGGGAAGAACAGCGUGGGACCCAACAUCCCAGAUAA